AUGGCCAUGCAGGAGAAAUAUCCAAGUGAGAGGAUCUCUCAUGCCACCUCACCAGGUUCCAGCGUGAUUCAGAAGGGCAGUUCCCUGGGGACUGAAUGGCAGACCCCCGUUAUCUCAGAGGCCUUUCGGAGCCGCUUCAGUCGUUGUUCAAGUGUAGCCGACAGUGGGGACACAGCCAUUGGCACAUCAUGCUCAGACAUCGCAGAGGAUUUUUGCAGUUCAAGUAGCAGCCCUUCUUUCCAGCCCAUCAAAAGCCACGUAACCAUUCCAACAGCCCAUGUGAUACCUUCUACUUUGGGGACCUCUCCUGCCAAGCCAAAUUCUGCUGCCGGACCCUCUUCCAAACUUCCUUUGUCGGGGUUGGCUGAAAGUGUGGGGAUGACAAGAAAUGGAGACCUCUGUUCAAUGAAACGUUCUCCAGGCCUUUCUAGAGAUUUCAUGUAUCUUUGUGGUGCUGCUGGAGAAAACGGAGUUGAGCAGUCCUGGUUUCCAGCAGUGGGCCAUGAAAGGGAAGAAGAGGCAAGAAAGUUUGAUGUUCCCAAUAUGGAGUCUACCCUCAAUCAGUCGGCAGUGCUGGAGACACUUUAUUCAGAUCCCCACUACCGAGUCUACUUCCACAACCCGAGAACCGACACAAACAAGGAGCUAUACAAAGGGCUGCCUGAGACCAAGAAGGCACCAGGCAGCGGGGCAGUAUGUGAGCGGAAUGGACCACACCCUGGCGCCAGUGGGGUUCUUCCUUUGGGACUCCAGCCUGCUCCUGGGCUCUCCAAGCCUCUACCUUCUCAGGUAUGGCAGCCGAAUCCUGACCCUUGGCAUUCCCGCGAGCAAUCUUGUGAGCUCAGCACUUGUCGGCAGCAGCUGGAGUUGAUCCGUUUACAGAUGGAGCAAAUGCAGCUUCAGAAUGGAGCCGUCUGCCACCAUCCUGCUGGUUUUUCUCCUUCAUUGCCCACGUUAGACCCAGCACAAUGGAUCAGCAUCUUGAACAGUAAUGAACACCUUCUGAAGGAAAAGGAGCUCCUUAUUGACAAGCAGAGGAAACAUAUCUCUCAGCUGGAGCAGAAGGUACGAGAGAGUGAACUGCAAGUCCACAGUGCUCUUUUAGGCCGCCCUGCCCCCUUUGGGGAUGUCUGCUUGCUGAGGCUACAGGAAUUGCAGCGAGAGAACACUUUCUUACGUGCACAGUUUGCCCAGAAGACAGAAGCCUUGAGCAAAGAGAAGAUCGAGCUUGAAAAGAAACUCUCUGCUUCAGAAGUUGAAGUCCAGCUCAUCAGAGAGUCACUCAGAGUGGCACUGCAGAAGCACUCGGAGGAAGGGAAGAAACAGGAAGAAAGGGUCAAGGGUCGUGAUAAACAUAUUAACAAUUUGAAAAAGAAAUGUCAGAAGGAAUCCGAGCAGAACCGGGAGAAGCAGCAGCGUAUUGAGACCUUGGAGCGCUAUCUGGCUGACCUGCCCACUCUGGAAGACCAUCAGAAGCAGAGCCAGCAGCUUAAGGAUUCUGAGUUGAAGAGCACAGAGCUGCAGGAGAGAGUGAUUGAGCUGGAGAGUUUGCUGGCGGAGACCCAGGCAGCCUGCAGAGAAAAGGAAGUUCAACUGGAAAGCCUGAGACAGAGGGAAGCUGACUUCUCCUCCACCCGACAUAGCCUGCAAGAUAAGCAGUGUGUGGAAGAUGCCAGUGGAGAAGGUCCAGCUCAACAAGGACAAGGUCCCCAAGUGGAAAUGGAGUCCUGGCAGAAGGAAUGUGAUUCCCUUCGAAAGAUUGUGGAGAGGCAACAGCAGAAGAUUGAUCAGUUGCACUCACAAGUACAGAGCCUAGAGCAGGAAGUGGCUCAAGAAGAAGAAACAAGCCAGACCCUGAAAGAGGAGGCCCAAAGGAGGGAGACAGCCCUGCAGCAGCUGCACACAGCUGUGAAAGAGCUUUCAGUACAGAACCAGGACCUCAUUGAGAAGAAUCUGACGCUCCAGGAACACCUGCGACAGGCCCAAUCAGGGUCCCUAUCUUCAUCAGACACAGCCCAGCUGGCAUUUGAGCUGCACCAGGAAUUGGCCAGUUGUCUUCAAGAUCUGCAGGCUGUCUGUAGCAUUGUGACCCAGAGGGCCCAGGGCCACGAUCCCAAUCUCUCCCUGCUCCUGGGCAUUCACUCUGCACAGCACCCAGGGACUCAGCUAGAUUUUCAGAAGCCAGAUGUGAUCAGGAGGAAACUGGAAGAGGUUCAGCAGCUGCGCCGUGACAUCGAGGACUUAAGGACCACCAUGUCAGACAGAUAUGCCCAGGACAUGGGAGAAAACUGUGUCACGCAAUGA